GGAACUGGCUUUGGCAGGCGCUCACUGAGCAUGCUGCCCUGAGCUGCGCAUGCCCACUCAGUCCUGGUGAAGCUGCAGAGCUGUUGGCGAAUAGGUAAGGACUGCCCCGACUAUCCUGUGGCUGUUUCCAGCCGUUGAGACGAGACGAGGCGCAGGUGGGGGUACGGGUUGGGGCCUGGCCUGGCCUGCCUGUAGGUUUGCGCCUAGUCUAGCACUCUGCAUGUCCACAGAGGCACGUUUAAGGUCCUGAUCCCUGGCCCCAGCCCCUUCUGCCUGGCCUUCUGGGGAGGGGAGCUCCUCACGCGUCUCAGGCCUGGGAAUAGUUGUGGGGCCUGAAAGCGUGGGCGCCGUGGCCCACAGGAGGGGAAGAGGGGCUUCUCUGGCUCGCGGGCUUCCCAUCUGGGCAUCUGGCCGCUUGAAGGAACCGGGGCUGGCCUGGUGGCCCUUUGGCCUGAGCCUGAUGCUGCUGCAGGGCUCUCCUGAGGUCUCGUGUGAUUCAUGGGCUGCUUCAGAAUCGAGUGAGCAACGGUCAAAACAAAAUAAGAUAAAAUAUAGAAUUCUACUUUUUUAUAAACACUGCAAACUAAAGACAAUUAAACCGGCUAUACAGUUAAUAUUCCAUAAACUAGCUGGGUCACACUUCAGGGAACAUUAUGCUCAUAUAUUACAUCAUUUAGCUUCUGCAAAUGAAGCCCCUCCGAGCAUUCCAUCCUCAAAGCUCUAUAACUGCCACUUUGGUAACGGCAUUUGUAUGUUAGCAGCUGAUGAAGGCGGAAGCCGAAAUGCUUUGGUAGAACAAUAAAAACGUCUGUUUUGUUAAUCACAAUUACGUGCAUAUAUUUUUAGGUGAUUAACAGAAUCCUUAUAGGGAUCCAGAGCAAGCUUGGGUGAAGUUCUGUUUGUUGCUUUCAAGACUGGAGAGAGAGAGAGAGAGAGAGUCUUCUGUUGCCUAAUGCCUUCUAAAUAUCACAACAUCUGGCACUUGAUUCCAAAGGGUUGGAGCUGCAGAGGUGUCCAUACCAAGCCCUCCCUUUUAGUGAUGCCCCAUCUGAGGAGGUGUGAAGGUGGCCCCUUAGGUAACCUGGUCCCAAGUUGUUUAGAGGUUUGAAUGCUAAAAGCAAAAUCUUGAAUGGGCACCCAGGUCAGGUCCUUCAGCAGAGGUGUUACACGGUAUCGACAGGUUGUCCCAGCCAGCAACCUGGAUGCUGCACCCGCUACAGCUUCCAAGGGAAGCCCCACAAAGAGCUCAUUUCAUUAAUCCAGUCUUGAGGUUCCCAAUGACAGUGACCAAGCCCACUUGGUCCAGGAGCAGCAGAUGUAGCUGUCUUAUCAACCAUAGCUGGUACAAGGCCCUCUUAGUCACCAAGGCCACCAGUGCUUCAAGUGACAGACGGAUCCAGGAACAGCCCCAGACUACCAACUGAUCCUUCAGAAGAAGGGCAACUCUGUUCGGAACAGGUAAGUGACCCAUCUCCCGGACUUGGGAACCAGUCAACCACAAGCCAUGCCAGGAUUUAAACUCAGUUUAUUGGCCCUUGUCCAGACUACCUCUGAUUCAGAUGUUUCAGCUCUGUUUCUCUAAACAUCAGAAUCGGGAGUUAUCAGCAUACUGGUGUCAUUUUGCUCCAAAUCGCUCCUCUGCUACAACUUACAAUGUCACACAACAACACCCCACAACCAUCCUAAGCCAAAACUCCUGCAAGAGGUGGCUCAGGAGGACCCAGAGCGGCAACCCCUUUGGGUGCUCCUGCUGCACUGAAGUGGGCUUGAUUCUCUCUCCCCUCCUCCUUGCCACCCAGUGCCAGGAAGAAUGAACUGUCUGUCAGCAGGUGGAAAGAUAUGGGUGUUGCUUCUGUUCCUGCAUGGUGACAUUAUGAGAAACUUUUGUAAGCCGCUUUGAGAGCCUCUUGGGCUGUAAAGUGGGGUGUAAAUAUUCCAAACAAUGUUAAUCCUAGAACUGGAGGAGGCCUUAUAACCCCCUCCCUGCUCAAUGGAGGAAACCCAGAGAGCAAAGAGGUCCCAACAGAUGGUUUUUGCUGGACAUGCUCCAAUGAAGGAAAGCCAAUAUGCAGCUGGUCUCCACCCCACCCCCAGUCAUGGGAAUUACAUGGCCUGAAAAGGCCUCUGAUCCAUCCCACGGAUCUGGCAGUGUCUGGAGGAGGAGCAGAGUGACUGGUUUGAUGCAACGUCAUCACUGUGUGCAUGUUGGUGGAAGCCAGCCCUUUCUCCGCUCUGUCCUGCCCUGCCCUCUUCCUGUCCAACUGGUUAGGCUGCCUUUUCCUGCUACGUAACAAGUAUGGCAAUGAGUGUUCAUUCACCUCCUGCAGAGAGUGAGAGUGAGACAGAUGGGGAUUUCUUACAACAUGGGAGGUGGGCAGAGGGUAGAUCUGGAUCUACUCAUCUCUGACUCCUAGUUUUUUAAACAUUAGCAAUGACAACAAGGUCUCCCCCAUCCUCAGUGCUGAAAUGAAGAAAGCUUGGAGGAAGUCCAGGGUAGUGUUGACAACAGGCAGCCUUGCUGACAUAAUGCUAAAGCUUCGGCUUCUGACAUGGGACGUGAAGGACACCCUCCUUCGACUCCGGUUCCCCGUGGGUGAGAGGUAUUCUGCCGAGGCCCGGGCCUGUGGCCUCCAGGUGGAAGUCAAAAUGCUCAACCAGUCUUUCCAGCAAGCCCACAAGGCCCACAGCGCGUGUUUCCCGAACUACGGCAAAGGCAGAGGCCUCAGCUCCAAACAGUGGUGGCUGGAUGUCAUCCUGGAGACCUUCCGGCUCUCCGGAGUGCAUGAUGAAGGGGCUGUCCGGCCCAUUGCGGAGAAGCUCUAUGGCGAAUACAGCACUGCAGGCAACUGGGAGUUGCUACCCGGGGCCAGAGAGACUCUCCAGCACUGCCAGUGGAUGGGCAUCCCCAUGGCCGUCGUGUCUAACUUUGACCGGAGACUGCAGGAAACGCUGACCCAGUGCAACCUGCACCAGCACUUUGAGUUUGUCUUGAGCUCGGAAGAAGCGGGCUUCACCAAGCCAGACCAGCGGAUUUUUCUGAAGGCUCUCUGCAUCGCAGGAGUGUCUCCCGAGCUGGCUGCCCAUGUGGGUGAUGACUAUGUGAAUGACUACAAGGCAGCGAGGGAGGCAGGGAUGCACAGCUUCCUGUUGAAGACAGCUGGCCAGCCUUCCGCGUGGGAUGCCCAGGUGCCAAAAGCCCAUGUCCUACAAUCGCUGACACACCUUCUGCCCCUGAUAGAGAAGGGCUAAGAAACCUUUAUUAGAGUUCAGAAAAACCAUAGGCAGGGUCCUUCCUAGACUGUACCACUGCGGCGGGGUGGGGGGAGAAAGAAAGAGGAAAGUGCAUUUUCAAUGUUCUCCUACGUAUAUAUAUGAGAGUAUGUAGCAAGAUCCGGGAGAAAGAACCUGGGCUAGUCCUCUCGCCAAUUAAUUAUUUAUUCAAGUAUUUAUGAGUCACUUUUUGGCCCAAAACAGAUCUGGAAGUUGUCUUACAAUUUAAGACAUGUAACUGAAAUAAUUUAAUACAAUUUCAUAACGAACAGGUAACAAAGUGUUCCUAGUGAAAUGCUUAUAAUAUUUGGGUUGUAUCUUACUUUUAUUUGUAUUUGUCAUUAUAAAAUCAAUAAUUUUUUUUUUUUUUUUAAAUGCAAGCUCCGUCCCCAGAUAACACACUUGUAGAUGAAAUGGUACAAUCUAUGAAAGACUCUUCAACAAGAUUUUGCUGGACUUGUAGAAAAUGUCUUGCUGGAGAGAUCCAAUAUUACAUCCAGGUGAAAAAGUGGAUCCAGUGUUAUUGCUGUUGGUAUAUUUAUUGCCCGCCAUUCCCCAGGGCGGGUUACAGAAAUUUAAAAUACAGUAUUAAAGACCAUAGAGACACGUUACAUUCACAUGGGUAGGGUUGGCCCUGCAAACACAUUUCAGGAGCCGAAGGCCAGAUAAAGAGGUGCUUCUUUGGCAUUUGUGGAAAGCUGUAUCUUGCAUUUUGGACCAGUUGAAAUUUCUGAGUCACCUUCAUGUUGCAGAAUUUAGGGAGAAGCUCAUUUCUGGUUAGUUGGCGAUUUCAUGCAUUUCUUCAUGUAAAAAAAUUAGCAGUUGCUAUUAUGAGGGGCAUAGCAAAACAACAUCUACUGUUUCUAGGACAUUCUUCCCUUCCUCUGUCCUUAAUCAUUUCACUGGGAGGACAGGCUGGCCCUCCAGACUCUGCUGGUCUCUCAAGUCUCAUCCUCCAGUCAACACAGCCAGGAAUGACGGGCUCUGGAGUCUCAGCAACACCUGGAGCGCUGCAGGUGCCCCGUCCACAAUUUACAGGAAGACUUUUUUGUUUACGAGCAGAGUGCUUCACAAUCCUGGCAGUGACAAUUCCCACAGCAGCAGGGAAACAGGGCCCUGAUGGUUCCAUUUUACAAAUGGGGAAACAGGCACCUGCCCAGGGCUACACCAUCACACAGAAUCCACAAAAGAGAUGACAGGACUUGAACCCAACUUGUCCAGAUUAAAGGCCCGUUUUAUUUCCACUGGAACAAAUCAGGAAAGGUGAGGAGUGGGGGUACAGCUAAAUGGGAUAUGGGACAGCGAACUGAUUUGUAGGCCAGGUAAAACAGCUUGCAUGAUUUGGGGGUCCCAAUUCACAAGUACAGGCAGAUGGUUAUGUUGGAAACAUAAAGACUUCCAGAAGUUAAGAUGUUUCUGUUGUAGGCAAGGUGAAUGCCCACUCACACGCACACACAGCAGGCAGAAGCCCCAAAUCCCACAAGAUGGAAUGACACACCUUUAUGGAUCUUAGGGGUCCCAACCCCACUCUUAGGCCCAUUCCAGAUGAAAUGACAUUGCUUGCUGCAACCUGUAACUUGUUUGUUGUGAAGGAUUCAUUAUUAGUGAUAGCAUUUCUGUUCCAUCCUUCUUCCAAGGAGCUCAAAAUGUUAUCACACCACAUACACACACACUUUAUCUUCACAACAACAAGGUGAGGUGGGCCAAGCUGACUAACUCACCCGACAAAGCUUCAUGGCCGGGAAUCAACUCUGCCAAUACAGGGGCGCAUGCGCACCAUCGCCGGAGCAACAGGGUAAACCGCAAGUUCCGCUAACCCUGAUGCUGUUUUAAAAAAGCCUUGGUGCGAAAAUGGAAGAAAACUCAAUUAAAAAUAUCUGCAAGAUAGAGGAGCGUUACCUGCAGUGAUAGAACGAAAAAGAAAGAAAGAACUACUCCCUCACAGCACAAAUACUUUUACUGAGGACAUUGUGGGAAACCACGUUUUCAAAAUGGCGGCGAAAACUUCUAAAACGUCAAAAAGUGAGUCAAUAUGAAUAUUAACUCCCGAAUUAGACCAAGAUUUAAUUACAGCACAACUAUCUUCACAAUUUGCAUGUCUUCAAAGCUCUCUGCUUCAAAAAUGGGAUGACAGCUUUAAAAUCUUGGAUGAAAAAAUAUCUUCUUUAACAAACAAAAUGGAUGAUACUACUAAAACUGCAAAUGAAGCACUAGAAAUAGGCAUUCAACACACAGAUGUAAUCAAACAUAUUAUACUCAAUCAGAGAGACAUAUUAAAUCAUGUGGAUGACCAGGAGAAUCGGGGCCGUUGACGGAAUCUGAGAGUGCGAGGGAUUAAAGAAUGGACAGAUAAUAAAGAUAUCACCCAGGUCUUAAUAAACUGGUGGUCAUCAAUAAUUCCAGAAACAAGCAUCACUGCAUCUGACAUAGAACGUGCUCAUAGAAGCCUGGGCCCUCGACCAAAAAAUAAUGCCCCACCAAGAGACAUUAUAGUUGCAUUCUAUAACUUUGCAAAAAAAGAAGAGAUGCUCAAAAUUAUGCGUAAAAAAGACCAAACUGAAUUUGAAGGUAGCCCUGUACUAUUUCUUCAAGACCUGAGUACAGAAACAUUACGCAAACGGAAAUCGUUUCACCCUGCCACAGAAGCAUUGUGAACAACAGGCAUUAAAUAUCGUUGGGGCUUUCCAUUUGCAUUGAUAAUAGAAACAGAUGGUGUUCAACACAGAGCAUCAAGCAGACAGGAAUUGGUGAGUUUACUGGCGCUAUUCAAUCUGAAAUCUCCAUGGGAAGAAGAGGAAUUGGAAUCUGAUGAUCUCAUCAACAUGGUACUCGAGGGAGAAGAUUGGAAAUCCUUUCCUCAAGCUACUAAACGCAGAAGACAUCAACGACAUGACAUAUCUCUCAAUUCAACCAAUCCUCAGAGAUCAAUGAGAUCAACGUCCACAAGAAAGAAAUAUUGAUCAAAUGGUUGGUUAUUACAUGAAUCAACACAAGGAAAAAUUUUCAAGGGAACAAGAUAAUAUCACGCAAAAAGGCUAUAUCUGUGUCAUCUGCAACAUGUUGGGAUUAGCGGAAACAUAUAGAUUUAUUUGGUUAAAAGUUAUUGUAUUGUUUGGAUUUACAAUAUAUUCACAAGAGGCAAAAAGCCUCAGAAAUUCGACCAACUAACACAGGGCUGUCUCAGACAAUACCUGUAAGCAGGGAAAUUUUCUCUGUCUUUAGUUAGUUAGGUACGGGGGUUUAAUGUUGGGGGGGGAGUUACAUGUUACUUGGGAUUUACAGAGCCGCACCUUAAAUUUUUGUCAAUAUAAAUGGUUUUAUAUAGAAGUAAUAGGGAGAGAUUGGAGUCAUGAUAGAAAGCAUUGGAAUAUACAGGUGAUCAAAAUAGAUCAAUUAAGUAUAACAUAUGGCUGAACUUAAAGUGUUAACAUUGAAUGUGAGGGGCAUGGGAGAUGUCAUCAAAAGAUGAAGGGUUUCGGAUUACAUUAAGACUCAGCAACCUUCAAUUAUAUUUUUACAAGAAAUAUACAAGCCAAAACCCAACUGUCAUCUUCUUCCACAUAACUAUUUUGGUAAACAAAUUUUAGCGGUAGGAAGCAAUCAUUCAAGGGGAGUGGGAAUCAUUUUUGCUAAAUCAAUAGAUUUCCAGGUUCAAAAACAACAAAUAGAUCCAGAAGGUAGAUAUAUCUUUAUUUCAGGACUAUUACAAAAUCGUAAUUUUACACUUGCAUCAAUUUAUUCUCCUAAUACUAAUCAAUUCAAUUUUUUAUCCAGAAUACUAAAAAAAAAACCUUGAGAAGUUUGCAUCAGGAGAAAUCCUUAUUGGUGGAGACUUAAAUAAGAAAGAAAAUAAGAAAACAAAUUUUUAGCCCUUACUGCCGCAAAGAUAUUCUCGAGGGUACAUCAGCAAAGUAUAUGAUGCCAAAAUUACAGAGGGUUGUAGUCCACAUUAGUGCUGUUCAGAGAAGACCCGUUGAAAUUAAUAGACAGGACUAACUUAGGUCCAUUAAUCUGACUGAGUCUACUGUGAAUAGGACUUAGCUGAAUACAGUCCAAUAGCUGUGGGAAUUGAUGGAAGAAGGAUUAGACAGGAUUUUCAGCAGUUAGGGUUGGGCAUUCCUGGCCUCUCCCUAGGACUAGCAAAAGCAGCAAAAAACAAAAACAAAAUAGUAGCUAUAUUUACAAUUAAAUUAUGACAAAACAAAGGGCAACAAAAUGCUCCACUGUGUAACUUAUGCAGGUUGCAGAGUUCAGUUUUUUUACACAGAAUUUUGAAUUUAUCAUUUGCUAUUCCUCUCUCCCCUCAGGGACUGUCAUUUUCUUUUUUGACCAGACCUGCAGUGUUAUUACACUAAGGCUAAAUAAGAUUGAGAACUGCAGGCUUGGAUCAUGUGGAAAGUCCUUUGCAAUCCAAGUCUUUCACACUCAGUCAGCUUCUGACCCAGUUACAGUCUCCACUGAGUAGUAGAGGUACUUAUCUGCAAACCUUUACUCUCAUCUGCUAAUACACACACACAGUCAAUCAAACCACCCCAGAGCAAACUCUCUCACUCCCUGGGAUAGAUCAGUGCACAUCUCAGCCUUCCAAGCAGUAAGGGGGAUUUCCCAAGCACAUCAGAUGGUCGUCCACAUGAGUGCUUUGAAUUGUAAAGAACCAGAAUGAUAACCUUAUUAAAAUACAGGAUGAACCAAGAGAAGCAGUUUUAGGAAAUUAGUGCAUCAAUUUCAUUGAAGAUAAAUAUGACCUUGCAGUACUGUCUCAACUGGAUCUCACUGUCAUUACAUCAGAGAAAUGCUUUGAUUGGCCACGGCCAAGGCUGGGUAGACGGCACUGGCAAAGGUUUCGUGGUGUGCAUAGAGAAUUGCACAGGAGUCCGGGUCAUAAAACAAUAGCUCUCCUGCAUCUAAGUCAACCAAGACUCCGAUUUCUGCUGGGCACUUGAGCAUCUCCACUGUCUGGUGUCGCUCAUUGUGUGAAAACU